AUGAGAUCCUCGGUUACUGCUGUGUUUGCUUUCUGGUGGAUCCUUUUCCUGGUCUUCUUUGUGCAGCAGCUAAAUGCAGGUAAGACUGAGGACCCAUGUAAAGGCAGAGACUGCUCUGUGUGUCGGUGUCUUCCUGCCAAAGGUGCAAGGGGGGCUCCUGGUAAACCAGGGCAGGAAGGUGAACGAGGAAUAAUGGGACCACAGGGACAUGAAGGGCCUCCUGGAGACAAGGGCAGGAUGGGAGCAGUAGGAUCACACGGACCAGAGGGACCUACAGGAAGCCGGGGAAAUACUGGUGCUCCGGGUUUUCCUGGAAAUAAUGGAUCACCAGGUCACACUGGAGCAGGCGGGGAGCCUGGUUUGCCAGGAGUGGAUGGCUGUAAUGGGACGAGGGGUAAACCAGGAAUCCCCGGUUUGCCUGGUUUGGAUGGCCUUUCUGGCCCACUGGGAUUUCCUGGACCUAAAGGAAAAAAAGGAGAACCCAUCUCUGAAGAUGCCAUUUCAGGACUUCCUGGCGAGCGUGGGAGAGAUGGACAACCUGGCCUGCCUGGAAGGCAAGGACCUAUUGGCCCUAAAGGUCGCAUCGGCCCUUCUGGCCCUUCUGGGCCUCAGGGCUUGAAAGGACCUGCAGGUGUGAGAGGACCACGAGGUGAUCCUGGAAGAUCACUGGCAGGUGAAACAGGUGACAAUGGUGAACAGGGCCCACCUGGUCCACCAGGACCAGAAGAAGUUGUAAAAUAUCCUCUACAAUUUCUUCCACCCAAAGGAGACAAGGGUGACAAAGGUUUUCCUGGGCCAUGUGGACUAAAGGGCAUACAGGGUGUUGGUGGAGACUACCUCAUUGAAGAAAUGAAAGGAGAGCAAGGAAUCAUUGGAUUUCCUGGAGCUCGAGGUUCUCCAGGAUUUCCUGGUAGGCCUGGACCAGGAGGACCUGAGGGUUCUCGAGGAGCGACGGGACUUCCAGGUAUCAAUGGAAGAACUGGACUAAAGGGUUACCCAGGAGAUCCAGGUCUCCCUGGUGACACACUCCUUCUUGAUGGAAAUCAUGUGAGAGGGGCUAAAGGUGACCUUGGACAUCCAGGAGCACCUGGACUCCCAGGGGACCCUGGGUCCAUGGGCUUGCCUGGGCCCCCUGGUCCACCAGGAUUAGCAGAGGGCCAUGGUUUACCUGGUCUGCAAGGUCUCAUUGGUCCCAAAGGCUACAAAGGAGAACCAGGAAGGUAUAAUAACUAUUCCCUUCCAGGACCCAAGGGAGUUAAAGGACUACCGGGACCUAAAGGUACCACAGGCCUCCCAGGCCCUCCAGGCUGUGGAGACUACUACUGUGAGCCUGGUGACCCUGGGGACCCUGGUGACCCUGGACCCAGAGGAUCAACUGGAAACAAAGGACUCAAAGGAGUUAAAGGUUGUCCAGGGAUCUGUGAAUGCAUCUCUGGCAUGGGGAGCCCAGGGCUUCCUGGUCCACCUGGUUUUCCAGGCCCUCCUGGGUUAACUGGAACUCAAGGACCAAGGGGGGAACCAGGUCUGAAAGGAGAUGAGGGCUCUCAAGGACCAGAAGGCUUUCAAGGACUUUCUGGUUUAAAGGGACAAAAAGGUGAAAAAGGUGAUGCCUUUGAUGUAGGUGUUAAAGGUGCCACGGGUGACAGAGGUGACCCUGGAUAUGAUGGCCUUCCUGGAGAAACAGGUAGACCAGGACAGGAUGGACCAGAUGGCUAUGUUGGAGAACCAGGGCCACCAGGUGACGGCCAUGAAGGAUCACCUGGUCCCAAAGGUAACCCAGGUUUUCCUGGACCCAAGGGAUUUCCAGGGCAAGCAGGUCCCCCAGGUCAGGGUUUGCAAGGUCCUAAGGGAGAACGUGGACCUAAAGGAAAUCAGGGACUUCCUGGCAUACCAGGAAUUUUGGGGCGACAAGGACCUCCAGGGGAAACACAGAAAUGCUGUGAUGAAGGCGAGAUUGGCCCCCCUGGUCCAAGGGGUGAGCCAGGUUCACCAGGUAUUCCAGGUCAACCAGGGAGUGACGGUCCCCGGGGACAGCCAGGAUACCCUGGCCCUAAAGGCAUGAAGGGAGACAAUGGUAGAACUGGGGGGACCGGACCACCAGGGCCUCCAGGUUUAAUUGGGGAACCAGGUGAACCUGGUCCCAGGGGAAUGAGUCUAGAUGGAAUUACUGGCCUUCCUGGGUUACCGGGACUGCCAGGUAGGAAGGGUGCCCCAGGAGAUGUCCUCUCUACCAGGCCAGGUGCAACUGGCCCACCUGGUCCUCGUGGGAAUGAUGGCAAUAAAGGACUCCCAGGAAUUCCUGGAAACCCAGGAUCACCAGGCCCACAUGGCCAACCUGGACGACCAGGCUAUAAAGGAGCGCCAGGAGUCGAUGGUGAGCCUGGUGUGCCUGGGCCCCUAGGCCCACCAUGUUCAUAUUGUGAACUGGUAGGCCCACCUGGACCCCCAGGACCUCCAGGAAAUUCUGGAGCAAGGGGAGUACCAGGAUAUGAUGGGCAGAAGGGUUUGAAAGGAGAUAUAGGCCCACCUGGCCAUGGACAGAAAGGAUCGAAAGGUGUUCAGGGUCCUCCAGGUAUGCCAGGCCUAGCUGGACCAAGAGGCCCCUAUGGUCUCCCUGGAGAUCCUGGAACCAAUGGAUGGCCAGGACAGAAAGGUGAAAGGGGGUAUCCAGGCAGGGCUGGAGCCAGAGGUUUCCCAGGUCGCCCUGGACCUCCUGGACCAAGAGGUAAACAGGGUGAGAGGGGUGUUAUUGGUCACCCAGGUAACACAGGAUAUCCAGGUCCACCUGGUAAUAGAGGUUUACGUGGACCCCCUGGAGAUCCGGGAGUGCCACUGAUGAAUUUAAUGAAAGGUCCACCAGGUCGUCCAGGACAGAAAGGGCUACCAGGCGAGCCUGGACUCAAAGGCUCAAAGGGCACACAGGGAAUGCCAGGUGAUUCAGGACCUGAUGGAAGGCCUGGUCCACCUGGAAUUAAGGGCAUUCCUGGAGCUCCAGGCAGGGGAGGAAGAGCAGGACCUCCUGGAGACCCUGGGAUUCAAGGUUUCACUGGACCCAGAGGAUAUCCUGGGAAUGAUGGCGAUCAGGGAGAUCCGGGGCACACGGGAUAUUCAGGUAACCCAGGGAGACAAGGAGUUCCUGGUGCCAAGGGUGCUCCAGGACCAUCUUAUGGGCAACCAGGGCCACCUGGGCCCAAAGGACUGCCAGGAGAGGAUGGCUUUGAUGCACCUAGAGGGCUACCAGGAGACCCAGGUGACCCAGGACCCAGAGGAAGGCCAGGGCAACCAGGACAAUCAGGCAUUCCAGGGGAACCAGGAAGACUAGGAGGACGAGGCUUUCCUGGACCACAUGGCCCACAAGGUCGUCCAGGAUUUCCAGGUCUUCCUGGUGAUCAAGGAGGUGUGGGGUUACCAGGCCCACCUGGCCCAUGUGGGCCAUCAGGACCCCCUGGACUGCCAGGUCUGGAUGGACUGGAUGGACUUACAGGUCCAAAAGGGAUGAAGGGAGCAAGUGGGAUAGAUAUUCCUGGCCCUCGAGGACCAAAUGGUUUUUCAGGAGUCAAAGGUGUCAGGGGAUACCCAGGACCUCCAGGAACUACUAUUCCUGGGCCUAAAGGCCAAAGGGGCCCACCAGGCAACACAGGUCUUCCAGGCAUUCCAGGUGAACCUGGUUUUCCUGGGAAAAUCUGCCAAACACCUUUGCAGGGACCCACUGGAGAUCAAGGAUAUGAAGGACCUACAGGUUCUCCUGGGGAACAUGGGCUGCCAGGUGUUAUCCCACCUUUCAAUGGCUUUUUGUCCAGAGGAGAUCCAGGACCAACUGGCCUCCAUGGCUUACCAGGUGUUCAGGGAAGGAAGGGACUCCCAGGACCUCCUGGACUUUCCAACUACCAAGGCACAAGAGGACCAAAAGGUGAGCAUGGUCCUGCUGGACUAAUGGGUCAACCAGGAGCCAAAGGUCAACGAGGUGUCCCUGGGCCCCAAGGCCACAAAGGAGAAAUUGGCCCACGUGGAUAUAGGGGUAUCAAAGGUCCCCCUGGUGACCCCAAAUUUGGAAAAAAAGAUGAGGCUCCCCCUGGACCUCCAGGACCUCCUGGUAGCUCAGGCUGUAAAGGACUCCAAGGUGACGUGGGUCCUCCUGGGUCUCCAGGAUAUAAAGGAGAGAGGGGCCUUGCGGGGUCUGUGGGCCUUCCUGGCAUAAUAGGCCCUCCUGGUCAUAAAGGUCCAGCUGGAGACCCAGGAGAUGUUGGUUUACCUGGAUUACCUGGACCUCAAGGUAUCCCAGGCACAUCUGGCGAUCCAGGUGAUCCAGGCCACAGAAGGAUAAUAAAUGCUGGAUUUCUGUUAGUUAUACACAGCCAGUCAGUUCAGGUCCCAGAAUGCCCAGCAGAUACCACUCAGCUUUGGGUAGGAUACAGUCUCAUGUACCUGGAAGCCCAAGAAAAGGCCUACACACAGGAUCUGGGUCAGCCUGGCUCCUGCCUCCCUGUUUUCUCCACCAUGCCAUUCUCCUACUGCAACAAAGCUACCUGUUCUUAUUCUAGUCGCAAUGACAAAUCCUACUGGCUCUCCACAACUGCUCCCAUACCCAUGAUGCCACUAUUUGGCCAGGAUAUUGUGGCCCAUAUCAGCCGCUGUGUAGUGUGUGAGACUAUUUCACCUGUGGUGACUUUUCACAGCCAGAAUCACACAUUCCCUUCAUGCCCACCUGGAUGGAGGAGUUUAUGGGUGGGGUACUCUUUCCUCUUGCACACAGGAGCAGGUAAUAAUGGUGGUGGUCAGUCACUGACUUCUACUGGUAGCUGCCUUAAGGAUUUCCGAACUCAUCCCUUCAUUGAGUGCCAAGGUGCACGGGGUUCCUGUCACUACUUUGCCAACCUCUACAGUUUUUGGCUGACUACUGUGAGUCCAGCAGAGCAGUUUAUCACCGCCAGUCCUGGCACCAUCAAAGCAACUGACCAACAGCGACACAAGACCAGCCAGUGUAAUGUCUGCCGCAGUCUAAGAUAA